AAGCCGCAGUGUGUCUUAUUUUAGUGCAGAAACGACGUACGGUGAUUUAAUAAAACACCCGUGGUUAAUAUUAGCGAGUGUGCCUGUAAUAUUAAUCGAAUUAGAUCACUUUUCACACUACAUGAGGAUGACUUAGAUUACAUGCCUACAGUGAAUGGAGCCGCCACUUUACUAUGGCCACGCCCAUUUCUUCUGCUGGGACUUGACGCACUAACACGUAUGAUAGUACCCCUAAAAAUCUUGCAAAACUUGCUUUUUACGACGUAAUUUGUGUUGAACGUUACCUUUAGGUGGAUUUUAGAGUGACUUUAACAUCGAUUUGUCAAUUUCAGAGGAAGUUCUUUGUUGGGGGGAGUAGGUGGGGUGGGUGGCCAGGCGGAGGAGGCGGUGACGCGGCCGUAUAUAUGCCUUGGUGCCGGGGGCUCAGCUGUGAUUCCCAAAGUCUCGCAUGCUAUCCGGACCUAUCGGCGCUCGGUACGGCCGGCUCGUUCGCUGCUACGCCGCCGCCACGCAUGCGUCGUCAUCCGGGCACAAGGAUUUAAUGUCCACGGAGGACGCCGGAGGAUUAAUUUUUACCUUAUAUUUUUCCUGACUACAUUAAAGCAACACAGCUUUCCCCCCACGAAGGAGAGCUCGGCGCCCCGCCACCAUGCCGCUCAGCUCCGCUCUCGCGAGCCGGAAUUACGACUACGACUACGACUCCCUACAGCCGUACUUCUACUACGACCACUCGGAGGAGGACUUCUACCCGCAGCAGCCCCAGCCCCCGGCGCCCAGCGAGGACAUCUGGAAGAAGUUCGAGCUUCUUCCCACGCCGCCGCUGUCGCCCAAUCGGCGGCCGUCGCUCUCAGGCUUGCCAUACCCCUCCACCGCUGACCAGCUGGAGAUGGUGAGCGAGUUCCUGGGCGACGACGCCGUCAACCAGAGCAUCAUCUGCGACGCCGACUACUCGCAGACCUUCCUCAAGUCCAUCAUCAUCCAGGACUGCAUGUGGAGCGGCUUCUCGGCCGCAGCCAAGCUCAAGAAGGUGGUGUCCGAGCAGCUCGCCUCGCUGCACGCCGCCCGGAGGGACUCCUCCUGCUCCUCCUCCUCCUCCUCCAGCGCCGCUGCCACCAGCCCCGCAACCGCCGCCCCCUCGGCGGAUGCUUCCCCGACCUCUGCCCCCACUGACGCCGGCCCGGCGGAGCCCACCGGCGCUGCCGCUUGGAGGCUGAACAGCAGCUACCUGCAGGACCUCAACACGUCGGCGUCCGAGUGCAUCGACCCAUCGGUGGUCUUCCCCUACCCGAUGACCGAGACCCCCAAGCAAGGCGAGCCCCCCCGUCAGGACUUGGGGCUGGACACGCCACCCAACAGUGGGAGCAGCAGUAGCAGCGACUCAGAAGAUGAUGAUGAGGAGGUUAGGGAUGAUGAUGAUGAUGACGACGACGAAGAAGAGGCAGAGGACGAGGAGGAGAUCGACGUGGUGACGGUGGAGAAGCGGCAGGGGGCGAAGCGCUGCAACUCCCCCGGCUCGGCCGACCGGCGGCAUCCCGGCCCUCUGGUGCUCAAACGCUGCCACGUCUCCACCCACCAACACAACUACGCCGCGCACCCGCCCGCCAGGCACGACCGGCAGCCGGUGGUCAAGAGGCUCAAGAUGGAGGGCGCUGGAGUCGGCGGAGGUGCGAGCCAGAGCCGCGUCCUGAAGCAGAUCAGCAGCAACCGCAAGUGCUCCAGCCCGCGCUCCAACCCCUCGGACACGGAGGACCACGACAAGCGUCGGACUCACAACGUGCUGGAGCGGCAGCGUCGCAACGAGCUCAAGCUGAGCUUCUUCGCGCUGCGCGACGAGAUCCCCGAGGUGGCCAACAACGAGAAGGCGGCCAAGGUGGUGAUCCUGAAGAAGGCGGCCGAGUGCAUCCGCGGCAUGCAGGCCGACGAGCGCCGCCUGCUGUCGCUCAAGGAGCAGCUGAGGCGGCGAGGGCAGCUCCUCAAGCACAAACUCUCCAUGCUGCACGACGAGCGCCUUUAAAGCUCGCAUCUUUGUCCGUUUGUGCUGAUUUUUUGUGUUGUUUUUUUACAAAGGUUGUACAGUUAUUUGCAUGCAAAUGCGGAGGGGGGAAAUGCUGUUUGGAAUCUCGUUUGAUUUCAAUGUUAAAACUGCCUCAAUUGAAGUUAUGGGUGGGUUAAAAUAUUUAGUUUAUUUUUAUUAAGAAAAUAUUAAAAAAUCGGGCCCUACAGUUUCACAGCAGGGGCCCAAGUUAAAAUAUAAAUUUUUAUGUUUUUGUAUAUAAUUAAUAUUUCCUAAGAAAAUGUAUUUUUGGAUCUCAAUUGUCUGGAUGGUCAGAC